UGGGGGUUGUUGUAGGAUAAGUUAAAUAUUGGGAGCUGGGAGUUGAGGUUGAAGAAUCGUUUGAAGUCCUCAGGCUGUGUGAAUAUGCGUAACUGAAAGGUCAAAGUCGAAGAACUGUCCAAAGUGCGUCGGGCUGUGGGAAUAUGUUGAUAGCUGCGGUAAUCUUAGUCUUAUCUUAACCUCGAGUUAUAAUUGAGUUGUAGGUACACAGAUGUAGGUUGAAAAGCAGUCCUCUCGUUAAUGAGGAACCCAAAGCACACUAAUUCCGUAUUGGGUGAUGAUCGUAGGUAGGAGCUGGUUUUAUUUCUUCGCACUAGCCAUUUUGGGUGACACUUGUUCAAGAGGAAGUUUCAAGGUGCUUGAGUUCCUUUUAGCUGUGGUCCCCAUUCUGCUCACUAUGUAGUGCCCCUUGGAAGGGUGCUUAUAUGACCUUGUAGCGGCUUUUGUAGGCACCAGUAGCUGAUAUUGCUCGUCAUCAGUUGUGAGUGAUUGUGCUCGCUUGCUGCUUUCCCUCUCUCCCUUCGCGUCGGGAUCUGAAAUUCAUUUUGUUUUCUUCCUUCCCCGUUGAACCGAACGCUUGAUUGCCACUGAUUGUGAAGCGAUUUGCCACUGAAGCCGAAGUGCUGCGUGAUUUGUUGGGUAGGUAUACCCAUGCGCCUCAGUUCUGUUCCUUCGGACCAGCAAGCUCCUGCCAUUUUGUAAUUGCACGUAGCUGCGAAAAGUAAGCGCAAACUCGUACUGCACACAAUCAAUUCGGGGCGCCGUGCUUUGAGUAAGUGAUCGUUCGCUCAUAAGGAUCCCCAGUGCGACCAUGGCUCCAUCGAAGAAGCUUACUAAGUUUUUAAAAAAGGUUCUCCACAUCUCCCCACAAGGCCACAAGAAAUCCAUGUCCCGACACUCUAGCGCUACCUCCAAUUCGUUUGAUUCUUCUUCUCUCGGUAUCAACUCAGGACGCUCAUGGGGAAGUAGGACUGAUGUUCGCAACUACGACAGCGAUGCGGAAUGUCCAAGUCCUCCACCUGACGUACCUGCAGGCUGCCUCGCUGUGUACGUCGGAAAGGUGCAGCGAAGGUUUGUCAUCCCGACAUCGUACCUCUCAAAUGGCGUCUUUCGAGCGUUGCUGGCCAAGUCCGAAGAAGAGUUUGGGUUUUGUUGCGACGGAGGCUUGCGCAUUGCUUGUGCUCCUGAUGUUUUCGAACACUUGCUAUGGUGGCUGGAAGGAAACUCCCAUGAGUUCGUGGAAGAAACCGAGGCCGUAGGUCAAGACUACUCCGAAUAGAAGCAGUUUGAAGCAUACGGGUUCUGAGUUGAGAGACAUUCUCCCUUGCAUCUUGCUACAAAAUCGUGGCAUCAGUAUCUUUUGUGGAGAAUUCGAUUCAAGUUCUCUUGACCUCCUUGUAUAUACCGUGAAGAACUUUUGGGGAUGUUAGCUCCCACAGAUUCGCUACGCCAUGAAAGAAGAAACUUACAUGGCGUAUUUUCAUCACCAUCAGUCGCUGAAGGGAUAAUGAGACAUACUACAACAAACGUUCUGCAGGCGGGUUCUUUUCAGAAGUUUGCUAACCCCUUCAGCAACGUUGCCGUCGUAACCAGUCGAAGCCCAUGUGUUAGAAGCCCAAACAAGAACCGUGGUAGAUCAUGUUUCGUUCCGAUCUAUUAUGGUGCUCGUUACUUAAUCGCUGGACCUGGACAGCACCUGCUUGUUUCAUCAUUCGUCUUUGCAAAGCCUGCUCUUGAGCAAGAACUACCGACGGAACACGACCAAAGUGAUUGGCAGGUUUGUAGCUUCAACGUCGAGGUGCCGUCACCAAGCAGUGUUUACUGCAGCUGACGAGUUUUAUGCAGAAAAAGACGCGCCUUUUCGAAGACAGUUCGUUUCUCUACAAAGAGAGGCUACAUAUUUGUAGUUAAACAGGAUUUAAUCCUAGUAUUCAGAGUGCUAGAUGUGACAAGGAUGGUGAGGAAAGCCAUUGCCGCGCUUCACAGUUUUGACAGCUAAAUAGGAUGCUAAGGAUAACGAUGUAGAUACGUAGCUAGCGGUAAGGCGGCCCUUCAGCCCUUUCUGUACAAGGGAAAAAUAAUUUCCCAAGGAUUGCAAUUUCUUAUAAAGUCGGUUAUCAUGGACUCUCAAUCAAAA